UGAAGGGGCUGAAGGUAUCGGAGCUACGGAGGCGUCAAUCGGCGUCGUCUGCCUGAUGAGCCUUACUUUAAAAAAAUUACUAGAAAAGUGGUGGAUAGUUCGCGUGCGGUGUGCAUGCUGCAGAGGGCAGCUCUCACUCGAUUCUGUCUGGUCGUGGCAGUGACACAGACUCAUGGACGACGAUGAACGGGCACCGCUGCUCCAGACUCCCGUCAACCAGGCCGCGAGCGAGUCACUGCGCAGCAACCGCAGUGCGUGCAGUUCGACCAGCGAGGCGCUAUCCAGCCAGUCUGUCAGGAAGCCCUUCCACUACCCGGUCGGGGAGCAGGGCCGGGUGCUGUCGGAUCCAGACUUGAACGCUGCGGCUACCUACAGUCGCUAUCGCUACUACAACAAGCUCGUGCAUCCAGCCACACAGUUGCUGGCUAUUCCCGACCAUGUGGUGCCGGCCUACUUCCUGGUUCCCUUCUUCAACACUGAGGUGGGAGGAGAGCAGAGCAGCCUCGUGACGAUAUUCGCCAUCUGGAACACAAUGAUGGGCACCUCUCUACUGAGCAUGCCUUGGGCCAUCUCGCAGGCCGGCUUUGCCACAGGGACCCUUCUGAUCCUGGCCAUCGGGGGGCUCUGCCUGUACACCGCCUUCAGGGUGCUGGACAGCACCCGGCUGGCAGGUCCUCCAGGAGGGGGACCCGUGGAGUUCUCGGACGUGUGCAGGCACCUGCUGGGCCCCUGGGGGGAGCGCCUGGCCAUGGCCUUCUCCCUCCUGCCCCUGCUGGGGGCCUGCGUGGUCUUCUGGGUCCUCAUGGCCACCUUCCUCUCAGGCACCGCCCUCUUCUUGCACAGUCACAUCGCUGGGACGGUUGGAGACGAGAAUGGGGAGGACCUCAUCUGCCGGCACGCAUUCAACGGGACCCUUGGUGUCGAACUGUCACCCUCCUCGGUGCUGGAGAGCAAGUACACCAUGCCCCUGGCCCUGGUGGUGUUGCUCUUCCCGGUCAUCAACCUCAAGUCUCCCUCUUUCUUCUACAAGUUCAACGCACUCGGGACGGUUUCGGUGUUCUACCUCCUCAUCUACAUCCUCAUCAAUGCUUUUACCUGGGGCAUCAACGUGGACUUUGUGGAUGAGACCAGCACCUCGUAUGUUCCAUUGUUCAGGACCACCUUCCCUGCCCUGACGGGGGUGCUGUGCCUGUCCUUCUUCAUCCACAACUGCGUCAUCUCCAUGAUGCGCAACCAGAAGAACCCCGAGCACAACGUGAGUCCUUGUUGCUAA